AUGGGAUCGUCUAGAGCCAGGAGAUGUCGUCUGAGGUCCGCGCUCUUAAGGGCGUGUCUGGUCAGCUCUCUGCUGGCUGUUGAGCUGACGCUUGCAGACGAAGCAGCAGGCCUCGAGCCGAGCAUGCUCUCUCCUCUCGCGCAGCUCACGUUGAUAGACGCACAGGUGGAGCGGGACGACAUGUACUAUUUCCAGGUGCUUACCGAGGCCUGGCAGAGUACGCGUGUGAGGGUGUCGAUCGAGGACUGCACCCCCCGCACCGCCGUCAUCGCAGCCUUCGGGGCGGAGCCCACCCCUUCCCGCCACGAGCUCCUGGCGCACGCCAUGCCGGACGUCGCCGGGAACGGGACGUGCGGCGUGGACGUCAUCACUCGACCGUCUUACUCCAGAGACGGCGUCUGGCACUUCGCCGUGGUGGGAGGGUCGCCGCUACGCGGGGAUAGGUAUUUUGCCGGGCCUGCGGAUACCUUGGCAUUCCAAGCAGCCGUCAUUGCCGAUAGCGCUGUAUACCCCACUCUAGACCGGGGUGUAGCAGCUUCGGGCGACUGCCUGCGGAAGGUCGCUGUACCCCCGGUGGUUGUCCCGACAAUCACGGGCCCCCCGGGAUCGUCCGCCUCCAGACGAGUCGGCGGCGGUGGUCAGGGGUCUCGCGGUAGCUUCUUGCCCACAUUAGGCAGGUUUCCUGCGGAAUGGGACAUCGUCUAG